AUCAUGGCCAAGUUUCAUCCUCUUCUGUGUGACUUUCUCACAUUGUUGGAGGAGUGGAGCCUUCGACUCCAUGGAGAAAGCUCAUCUGUCAGCAAUCAUAGACUACAUCAGAUGUUAUGGUGUUGACUCCCAUUAUGCUGUGGCUGUAAGACUGGAUCCAACAUACUGCAAAAACCCUACACGGAGUAAUUUGAGAAGGGCUUUGCCUCCAAGAGUGAUGGAGGACAUGAAUACUGCAUUAAGAAGAAAGGAUGGCUUAUACAACCCAAAUAUAGGAAACAUUAUGGCAGCUAGACCUAAACUUUCAUUGCCUCGAGAGCAUGCUGAAUGGCGCUUACUGGCUGGAGGCAAGGCAAGUCCCAUAGAAAAGAUGCUAGCCAAUAAGGACCAAAAUAGUUGUCUCCUCUUCUUCAGCAAACUCUCUCCCUGUGUAGAGCGCUGUCUCAAUGAAAAUGACGCGAGGAACAUUGUCCGGACAAUCAACCCCAUUUUCAACCGGUACAGAGAAGAUUCCAGGGCAUUUGUUUUUGAGACUGUUUAUGGCAGGGAUGCAGAAAAAGAGGCCAAAGUGGUGGUGGAUGCUUGGAAGCUCAUCCAGAACGCCCCACUGUUUCGGUAUCCUUUCCCUCCUGCCAAAUGCUUUGGUAACAGCAACCAGCCUCCUCACAGCACUCCUUGCUUGGACCAAUAGAUGCCCAGAAAGCCGGCAGUGCAACUCGGUGGAAAUGGUUGUCCCGCUUCCUGUUUGUCAGCUGGAUGUUGGGCUUGAUUGCCCCUAGAAUCAAAGCUGCUGAAACCCUCCCCCCUCGCCCCAAUUUUGUUCCAGGGAAGCUUUGCAUGCGAAUGUCAAUAAAUGUUCUGAGCAUUUUACAAAAGCUUCUUUUCUCCCCCUGUUCCUGAUAAAUCUAUACUUGAGUCCACCAGAGGAUUACAGUCGAUAUAGAGUAUCUACUACUACUCAUAGCAUGGCUAUGCAAUGUUUGGAUGUAUGUGAGACAGGAGGUGAGAGUGAUAUCCCUCUCGCCGGAGUGCCGUCCCUCCUCCA